AUGGCCUCCUCUGCAAUUUACGAACUUUCUCCAGCUGAAAAUUUCUUUAAUUACAACAGCUAUCUUUAUCAUCAUCAAGCUCCUACGGUUCCGAUAUUCGGGUAUUUUCAGACAGGAUAUUUCGUGUAUCCUCGUAUUUGGAUUCCUCUGUAUCCUCAGUGCCAAACACAGCCUUCUGAUUUUGGGCUCGGUUAUAACAACCCAGCAAGCUUCUCGGGCCGGGCCGAAUGUUCUUGGGCCCUUAAUUCUCAAGAAGAAGAAUUCGGGCCACAAAAUUAUUCCUGGGCCCUCAAUGCUCAACAACAGCCAGAGAAUAAUCAUUAUAUGAUCAGUCACCAAGCAAGCUUUUCGGGCAGGCCCGAAAAUGAGCACUAUCAGUUAGAAGAGGAGCAUGAGACUGUACUGAACGAAGAGGAAAUAGCUGCCGAUUGGCUUGUGGAUCAUGUUGUGGUGUAUGACUCAGCUGAUGUUGAUGAUGAAGAAGGCCUAUGUGAAGAGACCAUAAGUAAAAAUCUGAAACUGAAAGAUGGGAUGGAACCUGAAGCUGAUUCUCAGAUAUGUGUUGUUUGCCAAGAUUGUUUGUUCGGAGAAGACGAGAAGAUUGCAGUUCUCGAUUGUGGGCAUGAUUUUCAUGCUCGAUGCAUAACGAGCUGGCUGAUGGUUAAUAACAGCUGCCCACUCUGCAAGGCCACUGGGAUCUGCCUGUAG